CCUAGUGCUAAUCUACAAUCAUCACAACCAAACAGAACCUCAUCUUCUUCGGCUAUCCACACCUUCCUCCCAAAACCCAAUCCACAACAAUGGCGCUAACUCUUCCAAAUUCAUUUCUCCAGAUAAAACCAUCCUCUCCCUCAUCGCUACCCGUCAGAAAGGUGGUGAGUGCAAGAGCUGGAAAUCAUGGGAUGCAAGUGACUUGCAGGAAAAGAGACAUACACCCGCAGUUCCACGAGGAUGCGAAGGUGUACUGUAACGGAGAGCUUGUGAUGACCACCGGCGGGACCCAGAAGGAGUAUGUGGUGGACGUUUGGUCCGGAAACCACCCCUUCUACCUCGGAAGUCGCUCUGCGCAGCUCGUCGAUGCCGACCAGGUCGCGAAGUUCAGAAAGAGAUUCGCUGGCCUACCUGAGCUCAUGGAAAUUCCCGUUCUCAAAGGCGAGAUCGUCCUCCCCUCAAAACGCAUUUCCAUAUCAAAAAAAGGCGCUUCUCAAAAGAAGAAGUAGCUGCCGCAAGAAAAACGGAAAUUGCGGUUCUUCAAACCAAUUCUCCUUCUUUUUUUCUUUCUUGCCCAUGCUGCCUGAUAUACAGUUGAUUUGGAUAAUGCAUGUCAUGUGUUGCUAAUAUGUCUGUUUAGCCUGUGAAGCUUUGAUUUCUUAUGUUUAAUCCUGUGGAAUCAAGAGUAAUUUAUUGCUAAGCUUGUAGGGUUAAUUGUGAUUAUCUUAUCUGGAAGUCUAAAUGCAAUGAAUUAUGUUAUUAUUUUAGGAGCUCUGGUUUUUGAGGAGGGUGGAUUAGGAUACCACUGAUUUAUAUUAUUUGAUAAGUCUCCACAGUUUUUCAUUUACUAAGCUUGUUUGGAAGCAUAUCCAACUCUAAUUGUACAAUA